ACCCUGUGGUACAGUAACAGAGAGCGCGCGCGAUGCCACUUUCGCGAAAAUGAUUUUGGUGCCAAAACCUCCCAAACACCAAAUCAAAACCCCCUUUUGUUUUUCCCUCUCAUUUCAAACGCUUUUCACCUUCCCUCCUCCUCUUCUUCCUCUCUAAACCCUAAUUCCCAAACCCCGCUUCCCCAAUUUGUUUUCUCCCUCUUAAAAAUCCAAAAUUUCUCCGAAAUUCGCAGAUUCAAAAUCCUCCUCCUUCUCAUUUUUUUUCCUAUUUCAAGCGUUCAACUCCGUUUCUUCUCUAAUUUUUCAACCCUAAUUUACACUCCUCGUCGCGAAUUUCCAUGUGUCUCUCACUCUCUUCACCAGCUAUGGCAUCCGAGGAGCCAAUGGAUGCUCCCCCCGCGCCGAAUCUGCUUUCCGAAACCCUAAGUGCCGCCGAAUUGGUCGCCGAUUUGGGCGGUGAUUACGCUCUGUUCCCGCCCGGCGGCGGUUCUACCGAGUUCCGGCAGCUCGACGACGACGUCUCGUCUUCGCUUUGGUCGUCGGCGUUGGUUUCGAAUUCGCGCGUCUCCGCAGUGGCGCCGGAAUCGUGGAUUGCUCCACAAGGAAAUUGGCUCUUACCUGAAAAUGAAGGUUCAGACAAUGCUGAAUCUGCCUCUGAAGUCGUGCCUUCUAAGAUGGGAGCAGGGCUUGUGAAUCUUGGCAAUACUUGCUUUCUCAAUGCUAUUCUGCAAUGCUUUACGCAUACAGUGCCUCUGGUGCAGGGUCUUCGUUCCAGCACUCAUCCUAUCCCUUGUUCUGGUCAUAAGGAUGGGUUCUGUGUCAUUUGUGCUCUUCGUAUCCAUGUUGAACGUUCCUUAGCGGCUUCAGGAGGGACAUUUUCACCCUUGGAAUUUGUGAACAAUUUGAAAUAUUUUUCUUCUGAUUUUAGAAGAUACCAGCAGGAAGAUGCCCAUGAAUUUAUGCAGUGUACCUUGGAUAAACUGGAAAGAUGUUUCCUAGGUUUGAAGAAGAGUAAUUUAAAUUUUGAAGAUGUUAAUCUUGUAGAGAAAGUAUUUGGAGGCCGUCUCAUUAGCAAACUUCAAUGUUCUACUUGUGACCACACUUCCAACACUUUUGAGCCACUUAUUGAUAUGAGUUUAGAGAUAGAUAAUGUAGAUUCUCUUCCAAGUGCUCUGGAAUCUUUUACUAAGGUGGAAAACAUUGAUGAUAACCUUCAAUGUGAUAACUGCAAGGAAGAAGUGUCCAUGGAGAAGCAGCUUAUGUUGGAUCAGACACCAUCAGUUGCUGCAUUUCAUUUAAAGAGAUUUAAGACAGAUGGGAUCCUUGUUGAAAAGAUUGAUAAGCAUAUUGAUUUCCCAUUGGAGUUAGACUUGCAGCCUUACACCAUUAAAGUUAUGGAAGACCCAGGGGCUGAAAAUGAUGUACCAUUGAAAUAUGAUUUAUAUGCCAUUGUUGUGCAUACUGGACUUUCAUCUACUUCAGGGCAUUACUUCUGCUUUGUUCGCUCAGCUCCAGACACAUGGCAUAAGUUGGAUGAUUCAAUGGUUACUGAGGUCUCAGUAGAAACAGUACUGUCUCAGGAAGCAUACAUAUUGUUUUAUGCGCGACAGGGUACUCCAUGGUUUUUGAGUAUUAUGGAAGAGAAAACACAAUGUUUGAAUCCAAAUAUUAUGAGUACAUCUCCUAAGUCUGUUUUAGACGUUGGUGACAACAUGUGUAAAUCAAAUCCUAUUUUACUUCCAAAUAUUGAAAGAAGUGUGGCUGAAGAAUCCAAAGAGUAUUCUGAGCCUCAGUUUGAUUAUUAUUGUCAAGAAGAUCAUGGUUUUCUUGAAAUAAAUGACACUGAAGAUGUGACUCAUGGCUCUGGACAAUUGCUCUCUGGAUCAAAUCAGGAAAUUUUUUAUUCGAAUACCUCUAAAGAUGUUGAUGCCCAAAAGCUGUUUAGUAGUAGGGGGGGACAUAAAGUUGCUACUCAUGGCUGCGGACAAUUGCUCUCUGGGUUAAAUCAGGAAAGUGUUGGUUUGAAUAGCUCAAAAAACGUUGAUGCCCAACAGCUGUUUAGAAACUGGACCACCUUGGAUGAUAGUGCCAUGUUUGACAUUGGGAAUUCAUAUAUUGAGAACGGUAGUCUUGAUAAUGACAAUACCUUUCAGGAAGCUGUUGAUUUUUUAGAGAAGGCCGGUUUCCAUUCUUUAACUCUGCCUAGCUUGCCUCCUGAUGAUGCUCCAGAUAAGUUCCACAUCUCAUGUGAUAAUUUGAAGAGACAGAAUCAUCGGAGCUGUAAAAGAUCAUCAAAUAAGUUAACUGGGGAUUCUGAAGAAAGACGAGAAGCUGUGAAAUAUCUUUGCAAGAAUCGUUCAAGGAGAGGGGCACUUUUGAAAUUUGUUACUCCAAACAAAGUUUUGGACAAGAAGAGAAAAAAUAUGGAUUCAUUGCAGUGUAAGAAAAGCACCAAAAAACCAAGCCAUACAUCUGUCACCCCCCCUGUGGCCGCAGGAAGUUCACGGUGAAUAUUUUUUGGUUGUUUGGUGAUGUACUUGAGUUCUUUUGGCGAAAAGCCUACAGCCGUUAUCUUUUCUCUCUCUCUCUCUCUUUUUUUAAUUUGUCAAUACCUAGUACUCACCACCGAAUUGUAUAGUUUCACACCCGAGCGAGUGAUGCAUGGAUGAAAUGGGUGUCUGGAUAUGUUCCCCCUUCUGCACAGGUAGAACAUAGCCAGUGAGGACAAGGAUGUAAAAACAAUUACAUUGAUAAAUAAGACGAUCCUAGUGGUUCUGAACAUCUUAACAUUGAUUAUAUCGGAAAAAGCCAGUAGUAUUCGAUUUCUCGGCCCAA